AUGUCUCUUGUUUCUGGGCCCGGGCGUGCUGCCGGCAUGGCCAGCAUGCCCGACGAGAUGCACCUCUUCGUCGACAAGCACGUCCGCUAUAUCCAGAGCCUCGACACUCGCAAAGAUGAGCUCGAGUACUGGCUCACCGAACAUCUGCGUCUCAACGGCCUCUACUGGGGACUGACGGCGCUGCAUCUCUUGGGACACCCAGAUGCUCUCCCGCGCACCACUAUCCUCGACUUUGUCUUCUCAUGUAUGCAUGAUAAUGGCGGUCUCGGUGCUGCCCCGGGCCAUGAUGCCCAUAUGCUCUACACCGUUAGUGGCGUGCAGAUACUCGCGACGCUUGACGCUUUCGGUGACCUUGAAGAUCGCAUCCCCGGUGGUCGGCUCAAAAUCGGAAAGUUCAUCGCCGAUUUGCAACAUCGCGAGACUGGCACUUUUGCAGGUGACGAGUGGGGAGAGCAGGACACGCGCUUUCUCUACGGCGCACUCAAUGCUCUGUCUCUGAUGGGCUUGCUUGAGCUAGUCGACGUCGAAAAGGCUGCUCAAUACGUCGACUCGUGUGCCAACUUUGAUGGCGGAUACGGCACCAGCCCGGGUGCCGAGUCACACUCGGGUCAGGUGUUUACGUGUGUCGGCGCUUUGACCAUCGCGGGGAGACUUGACCUUGUCAACCAAGAAAAGUUGGGCGCCUGGUUAAGCGAACGACAACUCAAGAACGGAGGCCUCAACGGCCGCCCGGAGAAGAAGGAGGAUGUAUGCUACAGCUGGUGGGUCAUGAGCAGCAUGGCCAUGCUAGACAAGCUGCAUUGGAUAGACGGCCAGAAGUUGACAAACUUCAUCCUGCAGUGCCAGGAUCCGGAACUUGGUGGCCUCGCAGACCGACCUGGUGACAUGGUUGAUGUCUUCCAUACCGUGUUUGGCAUUGCUGGUCUCAGUCUGUUGAAAUACCCAGGUCUCGAAGAGGUAGACCCUGUGUACUGCAUGCCUCGAUCCGUCACUCGUAGAUGCUUAGGCGUUGAGACACAGAGUGGGAGGAAAGCCUCCGGCAUGGCCAGCAUUCCGCUUCACUGCAAUAUUUGCCCCAAAAAGCCCAGCUUCAGCGAUGUUUCACAUCUACUCACUCAUAUUGCCAGCAAAGGUCACUUGUCCAAUUACUACAAGGUCAAAGUCCGGUCCACCCACGAGGAAGCAUCUCGCCGCCUCGUUGAGACGUACGACCAGUGGUAUGCCGAAUGGGCUGUCGAGGAGCUGAUGUCGGAGCGGAUGAAUCAAAAGGACAAACGUCGCACUCGUGCGAGGACCACUUCCCGACCCGUACCCACGCCUCCACUCAAGAUUGAAGCCCCAGUGCCACGCCCCGUACGUCGUGCUGCCGCAAGCAACCUCCUUGAUCCGCGUCUAUCAGGGCAGCAGCAUGCCAUGAUCAAACUGGAGCAUUCACCUUCGCCGACGCCCCAGGCUAAUGGACCGGUCCUCCGCAACCGCAAUACCUUCGCGCCUCAUAUGCAAUAUUGGCCUACAGAGUCACGCGCCAGCUCCCGUAGCUACACCAAUCAAGAUUACGACACGUCUAGUGAAUACUCAGACCCGAGCGAGAGGCGGCGACCAUACCGGUACACCGCUGCAGCUAAAUAUGCUAUCGAGGACGAGUCUGCCGAGGUCCUGGACCCAACGGCCGUCAGUGAAUCAACCAAACUCAAGGGGGUGUACUGGCCUGGGAUGGAUAUCUUCGACUCUGCUACCCCAGAGAUGCGUCGUAAAAGGAACCAGAAGAAGGACAGCUCUGUCGUGGAACAACUGGAACUCAACUCUCAAGAAGUUGAGGCUACUGAGCUCAUCUUCACCCCAUUGGGCACUUUCAAACGCCAACGCAGAAUUUCAUGCUCUGAGUCUGACGAAGACGAUGAGACUGAGAUAAAAGCUGAGAGUCCCCAACCGGUGCGCAGACGGCCUGCACUCGCCAAUCUUGAUGCCAAUGCUACUCGCCGCUCUACCAGGCAAUCCAAGCGACCUGUGUUUCCCUUCCUCAGUCGUAAUCAAUACGACGAGGACCGCGGUCCGUCUGGGUAUCACCACAGUCACAAUAAUUAUGCUCCCAAGCGGAAGCGGUUCGAAGUCUUUCAAGACAAUGAUGAUGUUCCGUUCUCGCAACCCAGCAGCAUGAAUUAUCUCACGUCUGGAUUCACACAUCAAGCAUCUCCCUCCCCAGCACCUGUGUUCACUUCCUACAAAUCCUUCAACGAUCCUUUUCAGUACGAGAACAAGGAGAACAUUCUACCCCCGUUCCAUCAGACAGGUUACAGCAACUUUGAUGGGCAACAAAGCAAUGGCUACCAGUAUCCCACCUACUCCUAUGGCAUUGGUCCUGAUCAGCAGGCCUUCCAGUACACUAGCCAUCUCUACAACACCACAAGCGCCUAUCACCAACAUGAUCAGGAUGAUGAUGACCAACGCACGAUUACAGCGCCGCCUUCGCCAUCUACGAGCUGA